AUGACAACCGAGCAGAAGCCCAAGGUCAAGCUCUACUGGCUUGAGCAGUCCAGGGCGCAGAACAUCCUAUGGCUCCUCGAAGAACUCAAGGUCGACUACGAGGUCGAGGUUUUCCACCGCAACAAGCAAACCCUUCUGGCGCCGCCCGAGCUUGCAAAGAUUCACCCAUUGGGCAAGUCGCCCGUCAUCGAUAUCUACCCCACCGGCUCUGGCGAGCCCAUCAGGCUGGCUGAGAGUGGUUACAUGACUUCUUAUUUGUGCGAGCACUUUGGGCAGAACACCAACCUCAUUCCCAAGAAGUGGAAGGAUGGUCAGGAGGGCAAGCUCGGCGGCGAGACUGAGGAAUUCUCGCGGUGCCAGUACCUCCUCCAUUACAUCGAAGGAAGCCUGCUCCCGGUCCUGACGAUGACUCUCGUCAUUGGAGCCCUCAAAUCCGACAACGUGCCGUUUUUCGUCCGACCCAUCACCUCGGUGGUCGCCAACAAGAUCUACAGCAUGGUGAUAUUCCCCAAUGCCCAAAAGCACCUCGCCCUGCUCGACCAGAUGCUCGAGACCUCCCCCAACGGCGGCAAGUACAUGUGCGGCGAGCACCUGUCGGCCGCCGACAUCCUGCUCAGCUUCGCUCUCAUCGCGGCGGAACCCCGUUUCGACACCCUGGGCAGCUGGCCCGGCGGUUCCUCGCGGGUCGCGCACCCACGUGUGUUCGAGUACAUUGAUCGGCUGAAGAAGGAGCCCGGAUACCAGCGGUCGGCGGACAAGAUUCGGGAGAUUGAGGGCAAGUUCGAACCCACCAUCUCCAAGAUGUAA